AUGUCUAACUUUAUUGUUUUUAUCAUUUUUAUUUUACAAUUAAAAGUUAUAUCGACAUUUGAUGAUACAAUUGAUGAUAUUGUAUCUCUUAAUAUUGAAGAUAAUGUGAUAGAUGGAAAAUUUGUAUCAUUUGCUAAAACUAAUAUUCGUCUUUCAAGACAAUCAAAUAUUGAAUUAUCACCUUCACGUACUAUAUCAUCUUCACAAUAUGAACGAUUAAUUGAAGAAUCUCAAUUAAAUAAACGUUCAUAUUAUACAUUAAAAGUUCAUUUUAAACGUCGUUCAUUCCAAGAUUAUGUCAUGACAUCCAUACCAAUGUGUCUAGUUUUACAAGCAAAUUUUCAAUAUACUAUGAAUUUAUUUAUCAAUGAAAAUGGUUAUAUUGUUAGUGUAAAUAUUCUAACAAAUAAUUCAACAUGUAGUAUUUCGAAUAUAGCUUUAUUAGAAAAACAAAAUGAUUUGAUAUAUAAAAUUCCUUUACAUUUACAUUUUAAUGAACUUGGACCACAACCUGAGAUACAACAUUUUCUUGAAAAACUUAAACGUGAACGAGAAGCAAAAUUAAAUACACAAGAAAAUGAUAAUCGACCAUUUGUACUUAAAUAUUGGAAAUAUAUAUUACCAAUAGUCGUUAUUUUUGUUCUUCAAAGUGCUUUUACAGAUCCUGGAGCUGCUGCUGGUGCAAAUGGACGAUAG